AUGCACUCCAGGCAGGAACUCAUCCAGUGGUUGAACCAGUUGUUGUCGCUCAACAUCACAAAGGUCGAGCAAUGCGGUACGGGUGCGGCGCUCUGCCAGGUCUUUGACAGCAUCUUCCUCGACGUCCCCAUGUCUAGAGUCAAGUUCAACGCCGUUGGCGACUAUGCGUACAUCCAGAACUUCAAGGUGUUGCAGAACACCUUCGCCAGACAUCAAAUCGACAAGCCCAUCCCCGUCGAAGCGCUCGUGAAGUGCAAGAUGCAGGACAACCUCGAGUUCCUGCAGUGGACGAAGAAAUUCUGGGACCUCAACUUCCCUGACCACGAGUACGACGCCGUCGCCCGCCGAAAGGGCGCCCCCACCGGCCCAGCCGGCGGUGGUGGUGUCCGUGCUGCUCCGGCGACCAGUGCUGCCAGACGAGGCGGCACGACCCCCUCGGGCGGUCCCCGCGUGGCUAAGGCCGCCGGCCCCGGUUCCGCCGCCCUGCAGCAGGAGAACGCUACGCUGAAGGAGACGGUCGUCGGUCUGGAGCGCGAGCGCGACUUCUACUUCAGCAAGCUCCGCGACAUCGAGCUGCUCGUGCAGCAGGCCGUGGAGGAGGACCCCGAGCUGGAGAAGCAGGAGGACGGCCUGGUGAAGCAGAUCCAGACGAUCCUCUACUCGACGGAAGAGGGAUUCGAGAUCCCGGCCGAGGGCGAGGCCGUCGACGAUCAGGAGACCUUUUAG